AAUUCCGUUAAGCAUGUUACGAUUAUGCCGCGGACGAAUAGUUUACGUCGAGUCGCGCGAACGCCAGCAGCAGUCACAUGCGCCACUUAUCGCGGUGAAGACGGACGCCGCGAAACGAAAAUAUAAUAAUAUACGUAAUACAUAUUUUUAUCGAACCACGAGAAUGAUCUCAAAACAUACACAGACGCGCGUGACGAUUAAAAUAACGAUUAUGUUGCAAUACAUCGUGCGUGUAUACUAUAUAGACACCUGUUAAUAUUUGCAUUGGAUUCGCAAAAGCGUCUCUCGAACGGAGAAAAAAAUAAUUUCAUCGAUAAAAGAUAGGUACCUUAAAUAUUUACGAUAUUAUUGUAAUAAUACUCGCGUACCUUCGUAUAUAUGUGUAUUGUGUAAUAUUAUACUAAUAAUAAUUUGAUUACGAUAAUUAAUAAUAAUAAUAAUAUAAUAGCGACGUAUUUACAUAUACAUAUUAUACAAUACGUGGUAAUACAAAACAAUAUAAUAUAGAAGAUCGAGUGACGUUCUCUCGCAUUAUUGAAUUCUACAUUAGUGCAUAUACAUAAUAUGUGUAUUACAUAAAUCGUAAUAUGUACUCGUAAUCGGAAUCAGCUUCCGAACUGACGAUUGUUUAUCGCAGACGCAUCGACCGGUAUGUGUACACACGCACCACCGGACCAAGCGUAUCAGUCGCGUUCGAUAGGUCGUUCAGGUAGCAAUAACCGCCACGGGCGCAUCAUGCCACCGACGCCGCCGCCGUCGCCGCCGUCGCCGCCACCUUCGUCUUACGAACGUUCAAAAAUCCACACCGAAAGCCGUAUAUCGUGUACGAUUUUGUACUAUAUAACAGCCAGCUGAUAGUAGAAAAUACACCCGUCGCAAUUUUACACUAUUUACCUGCACACCGGAAUCGGACACGGAAAUGGCCAGCGAAACGAUGGUGAGCUGCAGAGAACCGGAGGCCGGAGAUUCAAAACCCGAACCCGAUGAAUCGUCGUACAUGCUUCGGGACAAAAGAACGUCGCCGUCGACCAACCACAAUCAACAUCAUCAACACCCGCAGCAGGAACGUCAACACAAAACGUUCGACGACAGCUGGGCCUGGUACGUGGUGGGUGGUUGCGCAUUCGCCAACUUCCUGUUGCCCGGCAUGUUGAGAUCCUUCGGGCCGGAUGUCUUGGAUGGGUUCGUCGAGGUCCACAAGCUCGAGUUCGAGAAUCGGUCCGUCGUCGGUUGCCGUUGGAUACCGGCCACGUUCCACCUAACGUUUUUCAUAGCGGGUUCUUUGUCCUGUCUACUAUGCAAACUGAUUUCGCACAGAGCCGUAACGUUCUGGGGCGGACUAUUGGCUUCCGCCGGUAUGAUGUCCAGUUCGUUCGCCAAUUCCAUAUCGCACCUGUACAUUAGCUACGGCAUAAUGGUGGGAUUUGGCGCGGGUUUGUGUUAUUCAGCUGGAAUAUUGAUUGUCAAUGAGUAUUUUGACAAGCACCGAGGACUCGCCAACGGGUUGUCGCUAGCAGGCACCGCGAUCGGCGCACUGGCCCUGCCAACGUACCUUGAUUUCUUGAUGUUUUCAUACGGCUACAGAGGUGGUAUUCUGAUCGUGUCCGGAAUGAUGUUGAACACUAUGGCGUGCUCGUUGACUUACAAACCCGCGGCCGCGGACGGAACAGUUCAACAGGACGAAGUGACCUGCGCGAGGCCAAGUGCUUCGUCGUCACCUACGUCGUCGAUUAACGCGAGAGCGGUCACGACGACGGCAUUUAGGGCGGCCACGGACCUGUACUACGCCGCAGUGGUGUCAUCACCGUCCCCGCCACUGUUAAAAUCCAAAACGACGGCGGCGACGACAUCCUCCACGGACGACGAAGACGACGACGACGAUGACGAAGACGAUGAUGAUGACGAACACCUGAAAAACACCCGUUGGCGACGGUGGCUAAAAUGGCGACACCCGAGGCUUGGCGGCAGACCGGUUGCCGAGUUUCUGGCCGUGUCGGCCGUCCACGCGAUCAGCCACUUGGCGUACGCCACUGCCGUUCCCGCGCGUGGCGCUGCCCUACAGCUGGCCGCGGCCGAGGCGGCCGGUCGCCUCAUCGCACCUACCGCUUCGGACCUACUGUCGCCCGGCGGCUCCGCGUCCGUUUAUCUGUACGCAAUGAUUAUGGCCGUCGGCGGUACGGUCCUGCUGACCGGCGCCGCCGCCGAAUCGGACGUCGACCCAUUCCAAUGGCCGCGGCCUGCGCAAUGGUCGGGGUCCCUGGUCGUGGCCUUUGGGCUGGCGUCCGGCGCGGCCGUCGGGCUAGAACCGCUGAUCGCCGUCCACGUGCUGGGCCGCGAAUGGCUGGCCGCAUCCUAUUCCGCCACGUUGCUCGGCAAGGGCGCAGCCCAGCUGGCCGCCGAUCUGUUCCUGCAGCGGCCGUCCGCCCCGGUCCGCGGUGGACAAUGGCCGCCGAUCUCACCGUGCGUGCUCUACGCUCUCGGUUCCUGUAUGGUCACCACCGCGGCGGCUUGGACGGCCGCGUUCCUCGUCAAGCGUCACUACGCCACCAAGACCGGGUGCAGCCGAUACGUGAGAACCGCUUGACUACGACUGCGGCCACCGUCGCCGUCAGUGGCGAAACCGUCGUCGUCCUGCUAUAUCGUGUAGGUAUACUAUCCGGAUUGUAUAUACGGUCAUACUAUACUUCGGGGACUGUUUUUUCACUGUAAAAUCGAUAAAUCGUAAUACGCGUAUAUACGUACCUAUGCCGUAGCCCUGGAAAGCGUCAAAAACGGUUACGAAUUUUUUUAAAUUUUAAAAGCUUUAACAACGAUCCACGUUUGGGUUAUAUUGUAAUUUAUGUAGCUCGUAUAACCAUGAAAGUAACACAUCUAUACAUAUGUGACUUCUAUUCAUAUAACUAUAUGUAUAAGUACUUUGUAUGAUAUAGGUAUAUCGUAUAUAUAGUAUGUACGACGAGAAAAUUUAACACAAUCGGUGCGAUCCAAAACUCAACGCCAGAUUAUAACCUACAGAUAUAAUACCCAAUCACGUCAACUUGUAUAUUAUGGUUCUUUCAAAUAAUCCGUGAUUUGUUUCAUCGAUUUAUUUUAUCCGGCGCCUUUCGAAAACACUAUAAUUUACGUCGGGGGAAUAUUUUCUCCUACCAACGAUUAUUGGUGCAACUACGUGUUUAAUAUUUAAUAGGAGUUACGUGUAGGCGAUAGCCAAUUUUGUAUUAAAAUGUCUAUAUAGCAUGGAAAAUUAAGAACAGAAAAAUAUUAUAGGUAUACUUAGAUACCUACCUAUCUAGUACAAAAUGCUAUAUUGAAAUAUUCCAUUUUCUAUGUUAGUAGGUAGCCACACAUUUGAUGGUUUCGUGAUCAUGAAAUAUUGAAAUGCAUUCAAAACAUCUCUAUGCAAUUUUCACUAUCAUACUGUCUCAUUGACUAUACAAAAUAUCUUAAAAACUGAACAAAACUAUAGGUAAUAAAUCAACGCAAUGUACAUAAAGAUCAGAAUGUCCAGACUGUCUAGGCUGCUACUGAUAUACCUACGUCCUACACGUUACACACUUACACCAGAGCUAUUGUAAAAAUUCACAGGUAAUCCUUUUUAUGAUAAAUAAAUACUAGCCAUUAAAUAGUUAUUAUAUGCAUUUAAAAUUGUUCAUUCAGAGGCAGAGCAAUUAAAAUAGGUAGAAACAAUAAAAAAAUAAAAAUUCUGAUUUUACGUAGAUAAUAGAAGUAUUCUACUAUUCAAGGCUUUCGUUUAUUGUAAUGAUAUUAUGUACCAUUAGUGUCCAUUAGACGGGCAUUAGUAUAUAUAUCUGAAUUGUUUUAGAAUCUGUAGGACUAGAGGCAAGUGCUUGAAGUAGGUAAUUACUGGUUAUGGGGUACAUAAACGCAGUCUAAUACGUUUUGUGCGAUCGUGCCAUUGAUUAAAUAUAUAUAAUAUUGUAUAUUUAUCAAUGACUCAGUGUAGGUAAAUAUAUGUAUUCUAAAGCAUAGUAGUUAUGACUUAUGGCACCUAUAGAACUGUGUGUGGCUGACUAUAAUUUCCAAUAUACUACAGGUUUAACUCCUAUUGAAAGUUCGCAGGCAUAUUUCAAUUUCCGUUACUAUAACGAAUUUGCGUCCUCUCAAUAUUAUAUAAUUGUUUUCAACACUGUAGAAUUAUUAGAAUUUUUUAUUUUUUAUAAUUUUUUCUGUUGAUUAAUACCUAAUUAAUUGUGUGUACAUAUACCUGAAUAUAUAUAUAUAUGAUCAUAAGAUUUAUGAACCAGUACCAUAGAGUAAUACCAGUACCCAAUUAAUGUCAACCAUUUGACACUUGUACAACUAACUGGGAACUGAUUUUUUUUUUCACUUUUGUAUUUAUGUAAAAAUUAAAUUGUAUUUAAUGAUUAUGGAAAAAUAUUAAUUUAUCACCAGUUAUAUAUAGAUAAUAAAUCAUAACAAAUGUGUUCUUAAGAAAAA